AUGGUCGCCCCCGACUCUGCGUCGACCGAGAGGUCUGGCCUUGCCAUCGCUUGCGAUGAACUUCAACAUGCUGCCGUCCCCAGCCAUGGCGAUGACCAGGCUCCCCUCCAGGGCCAUAUAGACACCCCGACCAUACUUAGUCCCGCUUCCGUGCCCUCCCUCCAGAUUCGCACCGAUUUUCCCAGUACCGUUCGUCGCCCGUCCACGUCGCGCGAUUCCGAUCCUCUAGCCUGCCUGAGCGUCUCCUCCGGCAGUGUCCCGCAGCGAACACCAAGUCUCCGCGCCUUGAUUGCCCCCAUCAGUAGCGCCGGAUCUCUAUCCCCGGCCUCGUUUAUGUCCUCGCCUCAGUUGAAUGCUAUGGGCGACAUCACUCCGUUACCUUCCCCGAUCGGUGGUGCUUCUCCGUGGCGCGGCGGUGGUCUGCCCUCCCUGUCGCGUACUUCUUCCACGGCGUCGCGAAGCGGCUCGAGUUUGCGAUUGAGCGAUUCGUCGCAGAUGCUUGGCCCACCAUCCCGAUCCCAUGGGAAACCAUAUCCUGGUCUGAAUGAUCUUGGAGAGGAAUCUCCAGUUGCGAGUCGAGUCCGUCACGACUCGCCGACCAAGCAUGUCCGUAACCGCAGUCUGAGUGACUAUGCACCACCGGGUCGCAUGUCCAUCCCUCGGCCCGUUGCAGUCUCUGGUGCCAGCCCCAGUAUUGCUCCCUCUUCCAGUACCGAUUCCAAAUCGACGGGCCUUCACCGUGAACAAUACCUGGCUGUCCAUCGCGGUAUUGCCCUACCAACGCCUGUUAUCCAACAUCCUGCCCCCUUGUCUAAGCUGGACGAAAUUUAUUCCGUCCGAUCAGUGCGCACCCAACAAUCUCGGAUGUACAGGAAAAUACGCGUCCUGGGCCAGGGUACAUUCAGUCAAGUUUGCCUUGCGGCACGCGUGGAAGAGGUUGUCCAAACUCCUCUCUCGCCUGUCACAGACACACAUGGCGAUGUUAUCAUCCACCCCGCCGCGGGUCAGAAGCUGGUGGCAGUCAAGAUCAUCGAGCAUGGCCCUGCUGGAGGCGCUGACGAGGAGCGAUUGGAGGUUUCCCUCAAGCGAGAGGUUGAAAUUCUCAAAUCUCUCAACCAUCCAUCUCUGGUGCAACUGAAAGCAUUCGGAAGUGAUGAGAAACGCGCUCUUCUCGUUCUGGACUAUUGCCCUGGUCUCAUUCGACGAAUUUUUGCCGAAUUGGUCAACGCCGUGCGCUACCUGCACUCACAUUAUAUCGUCCACCGCGAUAUCAAGUUAGAAAACGUCCUGAUCACCAUGCCUCUCCACGCUAUGGAGGAUAUAUCUGAUUGGCGCACAUACGACCGCGCCGUGGUUACUCUCAGUGACCUCGGAUUAUCACGACGUAUCCCCGAACCACCGGAGAGCCCCCUUCUCCAAACCCGCUGCGGCAGUGAAGAUUACGCAGCACCCGAGAUCCUCAUGGGCCAGCCAUAUGACGGCCGUGCAACCGAUGCCUGGGCUCUUGGUGUGCUGCUAUACGCCAUUAUGGAAAACCGACUCCCCUUCGAUGUCCUGCCCGGCACUCGCGGCGACCCGGCUAAACUCCGAGCUCGUACACCGCACCGCAUUGCACGCUGCGAAUGGAGUUGGUACCGCUACGCCGACGAAGAUGAAGAGUGGGAUGCUGAGAAGGGUCGUGACCUUGAAGGUGGUCGGGACUGUGUCGAGGGUCUUCUCAAGCGCAACACGAAGCGCAAGCAUCUCGAUGAUAUCGCUGCUAUGCCCUGGGUACGCGACGCAAUUGACGUACCCCACGGGAUCAAGCGAGGUGACAAAGAAGUGCCGUAG